AUGGUAAAGCUGGUGAUAAACAUUUCCUUUCUCCUUCUGAUUAAAGGACCAACAAGUUUCACAGUUCCACUGAUUGAAAGAAAGCUAGCUCACAACAGCACAGGAUUACAAGGAUUCUUAGUUUUUCAUGCUGUUGGUGGUGGAACUGGCUCUGGCCUUGGUUCCUUACUGUUGGAGAGGCUUUCAGUCGACUAUGGCAAGAAAUCAAAGCUUGGGUUCACAAUUUGUCCCUCUCCCCAGGUCUCAACAGCUGUUGUUCAGCCUUACAACAGCGUUCUUUCCACUCACUCGCUCCUUGAGCACACAGAUGUUUCAAUGCUUUUGGACAAUGAAGCCAUUUAUGAUAUUUGUCGUAGAUCACUGGAUAUUGAGAGGCCUACCUACAUCAAUCUGAACAGACUGGUUUCACAGGUGAUCUCCUCCUUGACAGCAUCUCUUCGCUUUGAUGGUGCUCUUAACGUGGAUGUUACUGAAUUCCAAACAAACUUGGUGCCAUGCCCACGCAUCCAUUUCAUGCAUUCCUCCUAUGCACCAGUUAUUUCUGCAGAAAAGGCACACCAUGAGCAACUAUCAGUUGCAGAGAUUACAAACAGCGCAUUUGAGCCAUGGUUCAAAGACUCGGUCGAGUCAUUACUAGAACGGGGCUUUCCGAUCCGAUAUCGGGACGAGAUGACUCCGAGAUAA